UGCAAUCAAAGAUUGUUUCCUCUUGCUGCUGUUGUAGAAAAGUUGCAUCACUGAAAAAUGACAUACGUAUAAAUACCAACAGCUACUCAGGAAAGAGUGUCAUAAACUUAUCAUACAUGGACGUCUUUACAACCGGGACUAGCAAAUAAAACAAUAACAAUAUGGAUGAGGAAGAAGGACUUGAUGAGAUGAUCUCCCAGAGAAGUCAACGACCUUCCUAUGCUCGUAUGAUAUCUUGGGAGUUCAAUAAUGAUGAUGAAACAAAACUUGUGUCCGUGCAAAGACGACGCAGAAGGAGGUCAAAACAACAAUCAGGGGAGACAACUGAACAAUUGGGUGAUGAUGACAGUGAAGUUUGUGAUAAAAAUAACCUUGACAUGUCAAACCUGUCCAUGAGUUUCAGCGAUUCAGAUGAAGAAUUCUUUUCAGCGGAAGAAUUGUUGGUUUCUGAUUCAGAAUCUCUUACUGAGGAUAGCAGCAUGUCUGUGAGUUGUGAUGGGCAACAGGAAGUGUCUUGUGUCGGUACUCCUGGGGCUGAAUGUGGAAGUGAUGAAGACUCAUCAGUAUUUAUAGAUGAAAACUCCAGUUUAAAUAACAGUUCUUCAAAUAUAAGACCUAGGCUUAGUAAAAAGCAGAAGAAAAAACGUCGAAAAGAUAUUUGCAUGAUGUAUGAAAAUCAAAUCCGACCUUUCAUGGAGGGAGAGUUUGAUGAUAUUGUACAUAUGCUUUCUAAUCGUCCUUCUGUUGAUCAAACUUUAGACAUAGCCAAAGAUGUUCCUUCACUGGUUCAACUGUGUAUCAAAUCAUCAUAUAAAAUUAGAUUAAAAUCCAUGCCAGAACUACCCAACAAAAUUAAACGGCUUUUCUAUCCAGAUGAAGAUUUCUCUUUACAAAAAAUGCAGUUGUCCUGGUUACAUUCCACACUGGCACGUUUUGAACCGAUGGAGAAAUUUACAAAAAAUUGUAUGACCAGUGUCGAUAAACCGGAGUUGUUACACUUGGUGAGAAAUGUUAAGAACCAGAUGUACAGUGUGAACCAUACAGGCAGUGAUGGUAAGGAUAGUCAUGUGUUGGCCACACUGCCUUUUACCAUUAUCGACCAGGCUAAGUCGUUGGAACAUAGGAAAGCCAUCACAACUUGGGCAGUGGUUGCUGCCACUUUGGAGCUGAUGUUGCCACCAUUUUUAUCUGCGGAUGCCUAUAGACACCAGUCAGAGAGUGAAGAUGACCGCAUUGUUAGGGCGACCAGGAGUGUGAUAUCCAGACUGAAGUCUGCCAUGAAGAGCAGGUUUCCGACGGUGGUGUCUUACUGUUUUGAUGAUGCCGUGCCGUAUGCUCUGUGGGCCAGAGGUGACAUCAGUCAGGCUACAGAAUACUUCCUGUCACUUUCACAGAGUACAACUAAAGAAAUCCUAAAAGGUUUAUACCUCAAUGAAGUUGGCCGUAUGCAUGCUCUGAUUGGUGCCGUGGAGACAGCAGCUAAAUUCUACAGAUUAUCGUGUGAUGCUCUUCUAAAGGACGGAAAGAACAGCCACCAUACAGAUGACGUCACCACAAAUAUGCUGAUGUUGAUCGCUAAUCUGUAUGACCAGGGGAUAUUGACACCUAACAAAGGGAAGCAGUCGACACAAGCUUGGAAUGUUGUACGGACCAAUAAAUACAGCCAUAAGGUUGAAGGUCUGGAGCGACACAUCAUGGACGUUUAUCUUUGUACACAUUGUGGAUCAGUUCAGGGAAGAGAAUGGUUGGAGCAGGCCAUGUCCAUGUUGGUUGACCUUUCAACCUCUGACCCUCAACUGGUAUACUACCUCAGUAUGGUUCACGCCCUGUUAGGGGAGGAAAAGCUGGCACACACAGUCUACUGGGAAUUUGUGAAAAGGUUGGAGGGAGACUUCACGGAGUCCCCUGGUAGAGAUAUGGUGUCCCUCAGUGGAAAAGGGGCCAAAUAUAAUCCAUGGAAACCUUUGGUUACCAUGGUGAAAGAAAUUGGCAAUGAUGUCCAUUUCUUGCCUGUGUUAUGGAGAGUUCAGCUUCAGCAUUUGGAAAUUUCUACUGGGGUAGGCUUUGAGAGUGACAUUUGUACCAAAACGCUUGACCUCCACUUUGAUAGUAAUGGGUAUUUGACUGGAAACAUGCAGAUGUUGUUGCCUCCUAUCCGAAGGAUCUGCCUCAACCCCUACACAGGAGCCUUGCAGUUUGACCAACACAAUAGUCCAACCAAAGUUUUGACGACUUGGAAUAGUAAUAGUUCUGUUAAAUCCAUCGCAGCAGGUACAUUUGUGAUACCGACAAUGUUGGAGAUGUACAACAAAGAUGGCAUCAAAGUGCACUUCAUGCUGGGACGAAAAGCAAGGAAUAUGACUAAUAUAGAUUUAAAUUUCCUUGAUAUGGCAACUCUGAUCUGGACCGGUCCUAAUGGAGAGAAAGCUCGAUUGAACAUCUACAAGUUGUUUAGGGAGCAUUGCAUCAAGGAUAUCGAGAAAAAAUUGAAACUUAAUCAAGCACCAAAGUCAGCAAAAGAUUUUACAAAAGAGGAUGGGAAAAAGUUUCUCAGUUUAUGUGUAGAGAGGCAGCGUGUGGUUGAUUAUGAUGUUGGAGGGAGACUUCACGGAGUCCCCUGGUAG